CUCAAACGACGUGAGGGAAACACUGCGCAUGCGCUGUAACACAUGGAAGAUAGCCCUACCAGCUAACUCGCAAAGCGCGAAACAGAUAUGGAGCAACAGAAAGACGUUCAACCACCAAAGCAGAUGCCCAUGAUCUACAUUUGUGGAGAAUGCCAUGCAGAAAAUGAAAUCAAGGCUCGAGAUCCAAUCCGAUGCAGAGAAUGUGGCUACAGGAUCAUGUACAAGAAGAGAACAAAGAGAUUGGUGGUGUUCGACGCCCGAUGAAAAUGGAGAAUGCAUGUUUUUCUGUUCUCAUGUUGUGUAAAUAAAUUCUUUUGAUAGUUUCAAAUGUUUUUUUGCUAAUUAUUGUGUUAUCAAUAAUUAACUUUAAUAAUGUUUGAGUCAGCAGUGGACUUAAAAAGAAGAGUCUUAAAACCAUCCUGAAACCAGAACCCAAUUCCUCAGACCUGCCUUUUCAUGAGCCAAAUUUUCAGUCAAUUCAUAUGAAAGGAAAAAGUGGGUGUGCACUGCAUUCUAUUGAGUAUCACAGCAACAGGAAGUUAAGCCAGUGAUAAAAAUUCUAGUCAGUGACGAAUCCACUUGAGUUAUUGAAUGCAAGGACUUUCCUCUGGUGUCCACGUGAAUCUUAAAUUCCCUAAAAAUGAAUUGUCUUUAUCUGGCAUACAUUUCUUGUUAGAAAGAUGUGUGUGGCAUCAUGUCAUUUAAACUGAGCUACAAGAAGUGAAAGUGUGAUGUUGGUUUAAA